AGCAGCUUGAAACACGGCUCGAGCCGUGGCCCAGUGGAGGGGGGGCUGUAUUUGAGGAGACUCUGGACCAAGAGUCUCAUGGCGUCUGCGUCAAAGCUGUGUGCAAAGCAUGUGGCAUUAGCGCUUGCUUUACUUGGGCCUGCAGCAGCAUCACCGCAGGACAAGCCACCAGCUGGAGUUCAGAGCACAAGCAAGAAGCAUCAUGGUGUGGCUCAAGGACUUGCAGCCGUCGGACUACCUGCACCAUGGGGUGCCUCUGCUCCAGUUUCUAGCGUGGUGCAGGGCCAUUUGGCCCCCACAAUGCAUGCCUCUGGCCAAGCGUCAAGUAGCCUAUGGGCUUGUAUUGUGGCAGGUGCUGGUGCUGUUGGGCACAACAUCCGCCAGAAUCGGGAGCCGCGGCGAAGGCAGCCCCGGCGUGCCAACAGGCAAGUUUCCCCAGUGGCUGUCGAAACUGAGCCUCCUGUGGAGUCAGAACCAGAAGUGGCUGGCUGGCAAACUGAAAGCGAGGAUGAAUCUGUGGAGCAUUUGAAUCAGAUUGGACGGCAGAAUCAGAUGCAGUUCCUUCAGCAGGUCAUGGGGCACCAGCAAGUCAUGGGGCAACAGCAGCCCAAUCCUUUUCCUCAAGUGGCUUUCAAUCAGCCCGCAUCAGCUCCAUCUAUCAAUUCUCAGAACCCAAACUUCCAGCAGUUCUACGAUGUGCAGUUCAACCAGCAACAGCAACAGCAGCAAAUGAUGUAUUGGCAACCAGCAGUGCAGCAGCCACAGCAGCCGUUGAACUACAAUCAGCAAAUGCAGAUGCAGAUGCAACAGGCUUUCGAGCAGCAGCCAAGGUUGCCGUUGCAAUCCUUCCCCGAAGGGAUGAUGCUUGUGGUCGUGCCAGUUGUGCCAGGUGCUGAACAGCAACCAGGUGACGUGCAACUACAGCCAUCCCAGCCGCAAUUUGAGAUGGACAGCCGAAGCUCCAGCCAACCACAUGUACACCGCGCUCUCUCAGUGUCCUCCACGCCGUCGGAGAUCUCCACGGAGAUGGGCUCUUCGGUGUCGACGGUCUCAGGUGCUCGAUCACGCAGGUUGAACAACAAGGAGUCAGAGGCAGUUGUGCGCCAGUUGCAAACUCCUGGGUUGGACCCUGUUCAGCGCAAGAGGUUGUUGAAGCAGGUUGCGGAGGAUGCGUGGACAAUGGCCAUCACCAAGCAAGGCACACGUGUGGUGCAAGCAGCCUUGGAAGCCGCUGAGCUUUCGGAGAAGAUGAAUAUCGUCGCAGCGCUGCGGGGCCGAGUGUGGCAAGCACUGAAGUCUCCACAUGCCAACCAUGUGCUUCAAAAGGCCAUCUCUCUGUUACCCCCAAAGAAGCUGGACUUCAUCGUGAUGGAGAUGAGAGGACGAGUUGGUGACGCAGCCCGACAUCCUUUCGGCUGUCGCGUGGUUGAGCGAUUGCUGGAGCAUUGUCCUCGUGAACAGACCGAGCCCAUAGCAAAGGAGGUUUUGGCGGAUGUCUUGGAGUUGAGCCGACACCCAUAUGGAAACUAUGUGGUCCAGCAUACACUGGAGCAUGGUAGCGAGCUUCAAAAGCGGCACAUUUGCGAGGCCAUGCGGCAUGACAUAGGCCGUUUGGCGAGACACAAGGUCGCCAGCCACGUGGUCGAAUGCGCCUUGCUUCACAGCUCCCCCGAUGAGAGACAAAUGCUGAAGGAUGCCAUGGCCAGCAAUGCAGAGGAGCUUGCAAGCCUGACGGCCAGCAACUAUGGCAGUUUUGUGGUCAAAGAGAUGAAGAAGCGAUAAGUGAGUUUGAGGUGACCUGAAUGCCACUUCUGGCGUGGUAACACGCCGUCGUGACCGCCUGGUUGGUUUGACGGCUUUUCAUUAUAUAGUUUGCAGACAUGGCUUUUCAGUGUGUGAUAUGGGUUUUGCAUAUUGCAAGACCGUACGGACAAGUUGGUUUGGUAUUUAAGGAGUGUGGCAAUGUUUCGAGGUGGGCUGCAAAAGGGCAGUCAUAUCUCCAGGUGCCUGUGUACCUUCUUCAAUUGUGAAGGGUGAUACAAUACUUCACAGCAGCGUGGAACUCCUGUGUGUUGAAUGAACGUGUUCAGGGCAAGAUAGCUAGAGUUUCCCAGUCGUGGAACCAAUCGAUGUAAUCCUCAUAUAUAAGCUGAACCAAUGAUAUAUGUGAAUACAUACCUAAUGCACAUGCUUGAACUUCAAAAAAGUGACCUGCAUUUUCAGAUCCAGGGAGACUAACAGAAAGACAGCCUGGUCUUCCUGUCUCUCCCGUUUUUCAGAGCACAGCCGCUGGUGCGAUGCACAAGUGCUUCUCUUCGCUCUUCUCGUGUCUAUUUUCACCGCUGAUUGGUCGAUUGCAUUGCUGAGCGGCCUAUGAAGCCUCUGCACUGAGGAAGCUGCGGCAAGCUGUGCCAGAUCCCGGUAGAACCGACAGUUUCAGCCGCAGUUGGGCGAUCUUCCAGAGGCUCAAACAUCUCGGGCAUUUGAUACCCCGACUUGCCACACUCAAUCUUGGUUCACUGUUGCUCCGCUUCAAUCAAUUCCUUUUGAACG